UCAGGACAGGCAGACCCGGUGUGAUCUUAUCCUCUGAAGCACCUGAGUGAAGGCAGCAGAGAGCAGCUGAUGGGAGGCAGGAGGAGGGAGACUGACCCUCCCUGGGAAGCAGGUUCGGCAGAACCGAGACAGAGAACACAUCCGGUGGAGAGCUGAGCUCCGUCGGUGCCGAGAGACCCGGAGAUGAAGAUCUGCUCAGAGCAGCUCUUCGAUCCCCUGGAGAGGCCUGGUGAAGACAGAUAACCAGGGUGUUUCUUAUCCUGCACCAAGAACGUCAGGCUGAGCAGCGGUGAAGAUGAAGUGCAACUAUAGCUGACUUAUCAUAUCGCAGCGGAAACAGAUCCGGUGAUCGUUAAAGACCUGAUGUAACAUUACAGGAACUGAGUCACCCAAUUAUUGUCCACCAGCUGCAGCAGAGGUAAAAGUACCAGAGGAACAUGGAGUCAUCUCCUGGAUCUCUGAACCCCAGAGAAAAAUGAGUGGCAGUGGAUUUGACGGUAGUCCCAGCUUGCUCCAGGGUCGGCGUUUCUACUGCCGGGAAUGGGCCCUGGAGAAGCUGCGCCGGUGCCUGGACGCCCCCCGCAUCCUGUCCGGCCAAGCUCCGGGCCUGCUGGUGACAGGGGGACCCGGCGCCGGCAAAACCGCCCUGUGCACUGAAGUGGUGUGGCCCACAUCCAAGGCUGGCCUGGCAGUGUGGCUGGCACAGCGCUGCCUGGCCUCGCACUUCUGCCAGAGGGAGGAUCAUCGGAGCACAGUCCUGUGGAGGUUUGUUCUGGGCCUGGUGGAGCAGCUGAGGGCCUCCCCUCUUCUUCCUCCUGGGUAUGAAGAGAUCCUCAACAGGCCAUCGGUAGCUUCUGCUUUGGAGCCUCACAACUGUCAGAAACACCCAGAGGACACCUUCAAGAGAGCGGUGUUGGAACCUCUGUUGGACCUCCCUUCUCCAGCCCAGACUCUGAUGGUUGUUGUAGAUGCCCUGGAUGUUCAGUACAGACCAGGUGAAAGCAUUGGGACAAGUGGCUCCAUUGCAGAACUCUUAGCUGCCAAUCAGCACCUGCUGCCCAGCUGGCUGCUGCUGGUCUGCUCAGUCMGGCGCCACAACAAAGAUGUGUGCAAGAUGUUCUCAGGUUUUCGUAAGCUCUGCUUGGACGACCUGAGGAAGCCGCCAGCUGUCCGUGACGUGCAGCAGUACAUCCUCUGUCGGCUGGACGAGGAAGCAACGCUGCGUCGUCAGCUCACCCCUGACACUGCUGACAUGCUGAACCUGCUGCACAUCAAAAGCGGCGGCUGCUUUCUCUUUCUUGAGCGUGUUCUUGAUGGAGUGGCAGCCGGGCUGGUGGGACUGCGAGAGAUUCGGGACAUCCCCGGGACUCUUAAUGGACUCUACCUUUGGCUCUGCCAGAGACUGUUUCCCAGGGGACUCUUUGUCAACAUCAAGCCACUUCUCGAUGUUCUCUUGGCGUCUCCGCUGCCGCUCACACCUCAGCAGCUGUUCACAACAGUUUGGACUCAGGACAUUUCCCUUAGCAUUCAGGACUUCCAGAACAAACUUCAAACACUGUCUCCUAUCCUGAUCAAUGGCCCUGAGGGCACCAAACUCAUUUUUCAUGCCAGUUUUACAGAGUGGUUGACUGAUGUGAAGUACUGCACACAGAAGUACCUCUGUAGCAGGACCGGGGGUCACAGCAUGCUUGCCAUGUCUCUGACUUUACAGGGGCCCCACUUGGACGCUGAGGGCACUUGUCAGCUUGCCACACACUUAGUUUGCUCAGGUCACCAUAAAGAAAACCCUGCAUUACUGGCUCUGUGGAUGCUAUGGACAGGUGUGCCAGCUCUUACUCCCAGCUGCAGUCAAACCCUUACCGCAUACGUCACUCAACUUCCUGCUUUAGUUCGUCAGGAAGUCCCUCAGCUAUUAAUGAGAAGUGGACUUCUUUCAUCAGGCUGUUUUUCAGAUGCAGAUUCAAGUGUUGGAACACAGUGCACAGGUAAAGAAGGAGAUCAGUUACAACAUGCGUUAGAAAUAGAGGUAUCUAUAAAGAGGCUGCUCGACAGCAGGGUUUCUGUGAACCAACUUACCGCUACAGGACAGACCUUUCUUGCUAAAGCAGCUCAUGAUGGUUCUGCAGAAAUCACUAAAAUCCUUCUUACGCAUAAGUCUGAUCCUCUGAUCAGUGACCAUCAGGGUCAAACACCUCUGACUUUGGCAUCAAAGCAAGGUCAUGUCAAAGUGCUGUCUGUCCUCGUAGAAUGGGCUAAAAGUCAAGACCCAGAGAGAGCAGCACAGAUGAUGGAGCAUGUUGACCAUGAAGGCUGGACAGCACUGCGCUCUGCAGCUUGGGGAGGACACUGCGAGGCCGUGCGCUUGCUUCUGGAUGCAGGGGCAGAUGUAAAUGGAUGUGACAAUGAGGGACGGACUGCUCUCAGAGCCGCUGCGUGGGGGGGUCAUGAGGAGAUUGUCCUUACCCUCCUGGAUUAUGGGGCACAAAUCAAUAAAGCUGACAGUAAGGGCCGCACGGCACUUAUUGCUGCUGCCUACAUGGGACAUUAUGAGACUGUGGAGAUACUACUGGACCACAAUGCAGAAGUUGACAUCGCUGACAGAGACGGACGCACGGCUCUGUUGGUCGUCGCUCUCUGUGUCCCAACGACUGCAGGAAUCAAAGGUUUUGGUGAAGUAGCAGGUCUGUUACUUGAGCGUGGAGCUGAUCCAGGGCACAGAGAUCACGAUGGAAUGACCCCACUGCUUCUCGCAGCAUACGAAGGUCAUGAGGACGUUGUUGAGCUUCUGUUGGAAGCUGGGGCUGAUGUGGAUGAAACGGCUGGCCCUGAUGGGAGUGUCUCUGCUGCAGCUGCUGUCACGCCUCUCCUGGCAGCUGCGGCAAUGGGUCACAUGAAGACGGUGUCCAAACUGCUUUUCUGGGGCGCAGCAGUGGAUGCCAUUGACUGUGAAGGCAGGACAGCACUCUGUUUGGCAGCAGCGAGAGGAAGCUUAGAGGUUGUCCGUGCUUUGCUAGAACGAGGUCUAGAUGAAAACCAUAAAGAUGACCUUGGCUGGACUCCGCUACAUGCUGCUGCCUGCGAAGGUCAUCGGAAUGUUUGUGCAGCAUUGACAGAGCAAGGCAGCAUGGCACGUGUUGGAGAGAUGGACAUUGAAGGACGUACACCUCUAAUACUAGCUGCUCAAGAAGGUCAUUGGAGCACUGUCAAACUACUGCUGGACAGACGCUCUCCUAUUGACCACAGGGCCUACGAUGGACAUUCUGCACUGAGUUCAGCCUUUCUGGAGGGCCAUGCUGACGUGGCAGAGCUGCUCAUGAAGCGAGGGGCUGAUACUGAUGUGCGGGACUCAGAGGGACGGCCUCUGCUUUAUCUCCUGGUGCUGGAUGGUUGCCUUGAUAUGGCCAGUCUUUUAAUAGAAAAGGGAGGUGUGCCGCUUGAGUCUCGAGACUCAGAGGGCCGCACGGCACUUCACGUUGCUUCCUGGAAGGGGAAUGUGGAUAUUGUAGAUCUACUUUUAAAACAUGGGGCGAACCCCAAUGCACAAGAUGCAGAAGGGAGACCACCAUUGCAUUCUGUGGCUUGGACGGGACACACUAAAGUAGGACAUCAUAUCUUAGAAGCCACUUCUGUAAAUAUAGACCUUGCUUGUCAUCAGGGGGCAACAGCUCUGAGCAUYGCUGCCCAAGAGGGACACACUAAUAUUGUGAAAAUGCUUUUAGAAAAAGGUGCAAAUCCCAAUCACAUGGAUAAAUAUGGUCGAAGUCUGGUCAAAGUGGCAGGGAAACAUGGACAUUUUAACAUCAUCAGGAUCUUGGAGAGCUAUGGAGCUAAGCCAUAUCUAGGCCCGCUGCCUAACUACAGUACUGUAUCUCCUUUGAAGCCCAACAAGAGCCUCUCUCCUGGUAUGUCAGAGGGCAAUGGAGUUGAAGUGACAGCCACUACCUCGUCCUCUUCCAUGUCAUCCCCCGGUUCCACUGGAGAACGUUUCCAUUCAAUGCAAAGUUCUCAGACCUCGUCUACCUGCCACUCCCUGGCUACAGUGCAAACAGUGCCUGCCGACAGCCUCAGCUUCAUCCAGCAGAUCCAGCAACACUCACUGCCUCGUAGCCGCAGUCGCCACUCCACCCUCCCUCCACCAGGAAGCUCAGGCGUGGGCAGCCUGCACGGAAGCAGCCAGAGGCAACCCAAAGGUAUCCCUCCUCCAACUGUUUGCACAGUCAAAGCUAUGGUGCACAACUGUGAAAUCCUUCAAAAAGGCUUUUCAUCAGGACUUGAAUAUCAUGACAAAGGAAUCAAACAAAGCUCAAACUUGAUUAAAGCAGAAAGGACUUCAUUCACAGGUGAUAAAUGGCACUCAGUUAUGGCUUCUCUUGGAAUAAGGCCUGGCCAAGAUGCUCCUCUAGGUGCUAAAAACAGAGAGAACCCUCCUUCAGACUACCCGUAUAGCAUACAGAGCCCUUCUCAACRGGAAGCUUGGGAUUCUCUGACACAGAACAUUUUGUUACCUGUUUGUUACAGUUUUAGCCCCUCCCCACCCUGCAGUGCCUUGACAGAAAGUGACAAGUUCACAAUGACAACCAGAGACCCACAGCUCAAUCUCAAACAGGCCAUCAAACUCCAGUUUGAAGGUCCCACCAGUGCAGCCUUAUACAAGAAAGAAACACCCCUGUGAUAUCAGUCAGAUAUGACAACUUCCUUUAAGUUGUCACCAAAAGUAAAAAUAAUAAUAAUAAUAAUUUGUUCUUGAGAGUUUGUACUGAAAUGCUUGGGGAUUUUUGUCAUGUAAAUAGUAAACACAUAUUGCAAGUA